CGAGAAACUGCAUUUGCAAAUCAACUUUCGGAUUGGAUUGUACCAGGGAUUGGAUCGGUGCCAGUCUUCAGUCAACCACCCCAAAACGCAGUCAGCAGCCAAAAGCAACGAAGCAAAUUGAAACUAAAUUAAAUUUCCAUCAAAAUUAAGCCCCAAAGCAAAACGUAACGAAACAGUUCAAUUGCAAUUGAAGCUGCAAUUUAAUGUCAAUGUGAUGUGCCUACACCUUCUCCUUCAUAUCAUACAAAAGCUUUAAACGCAACUCCUGAACACGCUUUACGUAACGCGCGAACCCGAUCGAGUGCCAGCGAAAGUGCAGCUCGAAAGCUUUUGAAACGACUCGGCACGGCUCUGGACCAACUGCAACGUUCGCUCAAGCCCCCUCCCUCCCCCCACAAGCUCAAGCUCCCCUCGCACACAAGCGGGGUACACGCCCCAGUAAAGCAUAAAGCAAGAAGCAAAAAAAGAGGGAGAGCAACGCACUGCAAAUCUCAGAGCAGUAGAGUGGAGAGAGAGAGAGAGCAACUGCAGCCGAUUGCAGAACGGGAAACGAUCGCGAGUGCAGAGAGCUCGUAACUUGUUCUCCGGCCGACGACGCAGCUUCGUCGUGCACUUCCUGCACCGAGCUGCAGCGGGCAGAAGACAGCGAUCGUCGCAGCAGCAGCAGCCCCCAGCAACAAGGCCACAAGAGAGUCGCGUCGGCGAUCAGUUUGGCGGCGAAUGCAACGCUGAUUGCAAUUACUGCAGGCAGGCAGACGAAAAGGAACGACUGCAUUCUUUAGCAAAAAGUGAAAGAGAGAGAGAGAACUGAGUGCGGUGACUGAUCAUUGUCGUCAUAAUCAUCAUCAUCAUCAGUCUUGUCGUCGUACUGGCGCUCUACUGUACACAGAACAGCAGCAGCACCUUAGCGCUGCACUCUGCAUCACUCUCACUCUCCCGGCGAUCACAGAUCGCGCAACGUGUCGGCGGUCUAGCGCGAAAGUUGUGUUGUGAAAAUAUCUUUUAGCGCGCACACGUCAAACCGAACUAGAUAUUGUAAUUAUAAGUGCACCAAAGUGAAUCCAGUGAAGUUCUUUGCAUAGUGCAAAAAGAAACAGAAACAGCACACACACACACACACACACUAACUAAAUAAAUAUAGAAAUUCCCAUAAAUAUAGCUUAGCACAUUUUCGGAUUAAAUAUCUAACACACACACACCUACAGCGCCAAUUGGAUACUCUACACAUUUGGAUACACCAAGCCAGAGAUACCUCGACACUCGACUGGAAGCUACAUCACAAAACAAAUUCCUUUGAAAAUGGCGGAGGGCAAUGGCGAGCUGUUAGAUGACAUUAAUCAGAAAGCCGAUGACCGUGGCGAUGGCGAACGUACAGAGGACUAUCCCAAGCUGUUGGAAUACGGUCUGGACAAGAAGGUCGCUGGCAAACUGGAUGAAAUUUACAAAACCGGAAAACUUGCUCACGCCGAGCUGGAUGAGCGCGCCCUGGACGCGCUCAAGGAGUUUCCCGUUGAUGGUGCCUUGAAUGUUCUGGGUCAGUUCCUCGAAUCGAACCUGGAGCAUGUGUCAAAUAAGUCCGCCUACCUGUGUGGCGUGAUGAAGACAUACCGCCAAAAGAGUCGGGCUAGCCAACAGGGCGUGCCCGCGCCCGCCACUGCCGUACAGGUGAAAGGUCCCGACGAGGACAAGAUCAAGAAGAUCCUCGAGCGCACCGGCUACACAUUAGAUGUGACGACAGGUCAACGAAAAUACGGCGGACCGCCACCAGACUGGGAGGGCAACGUGCCCGGCAACGGAUGUGAGGUGUUCUGCGGCAAGAUACCCAAGGACAUGUACGAGGAUGAGCUCAUACCGCUCUUCGAGAACUGUGGCACAAUCUGGGACCUCCGCCUUAUGAUGGACCCGAUGACAGGCACAAAUCGUGGUUAUGCAUUUGUCACAUUCACAAACCGCGAUGCGGCCGUCAAUGCAGUGCGCCAGCUCGAUAAUCACGAAAUAAAACCCGGCAAGUGUCUGAAAAUAAAUAUAAGCGUACCGAAUCUGCGCCUUUUCGUAGGCAAUAUACCCAAGUCAAAGGGCAAAGAUGAAAUUUUAGAGGAAUUUGGUAAACUUACAGCUGGCCUUUACGAGGUAAUCAUAUACAGUUCACCAGAUGAUAAGAAAAAGAAUCGCGGCUUCUGCUUUCUCGAAUACGAGUCCCACAAGGCGGCGUCUUUGGCCAAACGAAGACUUGGCACUGGUAGAAUUAAGGUAUGGGGAUGUGAUAUAAUAGUCGACUGGGCCGAUCCACAGGAAGAGCCAGACGAGCAAACUAUGUCUAAGGUUAAAGUUCUGUAUGUACGAAAUCUAACCCAAGAUGUCACAGAGGAAAAAUUAAAGGAACAAUUUGAGCAAUAUGGCAAAGUAGAACGCGUUAAGAAAAUUAAAGACUAUGCCUUUAUACACUUUGAGGAUCGUGAUAGCGCCGUCGAAGCUAUGCGUGGCCUUAAUGGCAAGGAGAUCGGCGCCUCGAAUAUUGAGGUCUCACUCGCCAAACCGCCUUCAGACAAAAAGAAAAAGGAGGAAAUUCUGCGCGCACGUGAACGUCGCAUGAUGCAAAUGAUGCAGGCCCGCCCCGGCCUUGUGGGAUUUGAAACAUUGUCUCCAUACAGAAAUCUGUCGCCUACACAUCCCAGCAUGAUGUCCUUGACGCCAAUGCGCCUGCCAGGUGCGCGCAUGCCGCCGCUCCGUACGCCGAUACCUCGCGAAUACGAGGUCGACUAUGACUAUUUUGGGUACCCGGAAUACCGUCCUGGCUAUGCCAACACCGAGUUCUAUUAUGACGAUCUGUACCGCACCUACGAAGGUGAUUACAAUUACUAUGACUAUCCGACUGCCCCAAAUGCCGGCAGCAGCAGCAUUCACAACAGCCUCGGAGGCGGCAUCGGAGCCGGAAUCGCUGGGCCCUCAGCAAGCGGAGCCACGCAGCGCUCCUCGAGACCACAUGCAAGUGCCUCAAGCCACUCGACCAAUUCGUCGGCCGCUAUGGGGGCUGGUCGUGGGCAUGGAACCACAGCGCAGCGUGGCAGAGCCGUUGGCCAGCGUGGCAGCAUCAGUCGUCAGGGGGCCCUAACAGUGCCACAGGCGGCGGGAGCGGCAGCGGCGGCGGCGGGACAGGCGGCGGCGGUAGCUCAGCGGGGGGCCACCGGUCAGGGGGCGCUGGCAGCAACCGGGGGGGUCCGUGGGGUGGCACAAACGCGUCACAGCGCUCGUGGCACCCGGCACGUCAAGCCGCUACAAAAUUUACCAGAGAUAAAACACAACCACAACAAUCAAUCAACCAACUACAAACCAAACGAAACUAUCAAACCGAAUGAACUCAAAGCUAAAACUCCCAACAACCUACGUCAAAAGAAAACUGCAAAGACAAUCCAACUACAGCAGCUGCAACCCAGCAAGAACUGGAGCCGCUCGCAAGACGUACAUGGAGGGCAACUAAGCGUAGCACCUCGUCCAGCUCCUCGACCAGCGGCGAAUGUCGCCCGCUUGUCAAGAAGCCCAAAAAAGAUAGUUCCUCCAGUAGCAAACACAAGCACUCACACAAGCAUUCCAAAAAGCGUAGCUCCAAACACAAGUCAUCUCGGUCCGAAAAAAAAAAAAAAACAAAGCGGAUGUCCCCUUAAAUACCUGAAUCGAAAUCGAAAUCUCGUUGCAAAAUAAUGUUUCAAGCAACCAAUCCAUCAAGAUUUCAAUUCCAAAGACACUUAACACACUUGCAAAAUUUAUUCAAUUGAAAACGAUACUACCAGGCGAGUAAUUGGUUAUCGUUUUCAAGAAUCAAGCAACUAGGACCAAACACACAUCUGCAACAAUUCAAGAUAGGAAUCAGAAUCAGAAUCAGAUCAGUUCAGAUCAAGAUGAACACAAUACAAGAGGAGGAGCAACAUUGCAAAAUUCCAAAUUAUCCCCACGGACAAGUGAAGAAGAAUCAAGCACACACUCAAGACACUUUCAAGAAGCAUUAGUCGAUCGAUGAAAGGACCGAUCGAUUGUCCAUGUCCCCAUGUUAGAAUGAAAUUUCAUUUACAAUGUUUCACACACCGCACACACACACACACACACACACACACACACACAAACACUGAGAAAACCAAUUCGGAAAAUUGUAAUUCACACCAGCACACACAACACAUGAUAACACACCUAAAACCAACCCCCACAUCUAUUUCAUUUUUGUGUAAGAUCCACGUUAAAUGUAUCAUGCCCCAAUCAAAGGUCCCUAACGUUAUGUCGAAUUAACACCAAUUCAUGAUUUUUGAUGUGU